AUGAGAGUUAUGCACAGGCAAUAUUUAGCCAUUCUUUUCAACACGUACAAGCAAGAGAUAGACGAUGAGGCGAUGAAUCUGGAGAGAUUGCAAGAAAUCGACGGAAGCAUACGAUUUGCAGAAGCCGAGGGGGUGGACAUCCCGAUUGUCACGGCUUCAGAUGGUGAUGAAACAAAAGUUUUGAAGGCGUCCAAAUCUCGGCGAUUCUUCUCACAGGUCAAUGCCACGCUACCCUUCGGUAGAGCUGCGUUGUGGGCGGCGCAGCCGGUGUUUAAAAGCUGCAUGGCUGUGCAAGUUCGUCAAUAG